UAUAAAACUGAGACUUUGGGCUGGCUCACCAUUCAACCACAGGGGGCCUGAGGAGACACAGCUCUGGAGAACCUCUGCCCUACAUGCGGAUUAUCUGUGACAUCUUUCCAGAUGUUGGGACAUCAGGACGCGCUGCUCAUCAGUUACAGACAAGCCUCCUCUGUCUUUUAUGUUGUGCACAACAGUUGAGAAGUUUAUCUUUUAUGGCUACAAAACGGAAAUGUUUGAACGGCGUGGUAUGGAUAUUUGCUUUCAUAAUUUGGCAUAUGGACAUUAAAACCUGAUACAGAAGAAAAUGAGUAGGGAAGGAAGUAAUCAGUGUUUGUAUUUCAGACUGAUUGUGCCAUUUAUCUGACCGGAUGGCACGUGUAAAGGCGGCGUUCGUCAAGAGAAAGGGCACCUUAAAUGUCAGGCAUCUCAGAGGGUGACAUAAAAUAUGACAAAAAAGUAACUAAAAGUUAUGGAGCGCUCCGGUCAAAUCGAGCCAACUCAGCCGGUGAACAGCACAAACGACAGUUUUAUUACAGAUGCAUCCACUGUGGAUGUCAGCGCAGAGAGUCUCGUCUAUCAAAUCAGCCUGGCUGUGAUUCUCUCCAUUAUCACACUCGCCACCACUUUAUCCAACGCGUUCGUCAUCGCAACAAUCUCCCAGUCGAAGAAACUGCAAACUCCUGCGAACUUUCUGAUCGCCUCUCUGGCCAUCACCGACCUGCUGGUGUCCAUUCUGGUGAUGCCCAUCUGCGUCCUGUACACGGUCAUCCACACCUGGACGCUGGGGCAAAUCGUGUGCGACAUCUGGCUCUCCUCGGACAUAACGUGUUGCACCGCGUCCAUCCUCCACCUGUGCGUAAUCGCCUUGGAUAGGUACUGGGCCAUCACGGACGCGGUGGAGUACUCCAAAAAGCGCACGCCGGGGCGCGCAGCCGGGAUGGUGGCCACAGCCUGGGUCAUCGCCAUCUCCAUCUCCCUGCCGCCUCUCUUCUGGAGGCAGGUGAAGGCGGAGGAGCUGACCAGCUGCAGCGUCAACACGGAUCAUAUUUUCUACACCAUCUACUCCACCUUUGGGGCUUUCUACAUCCCCACCUUGCUGCUUAUUGUCCUCUACGGACGGAUUUACGUGGAGGCUCGGAAACGGAUCCUGAAGCAGUCCCCCAAGAAGGUGGGGAAGAGACUCACCUCGGCGCACCUGGUCACCAACUCCCCUGGAUCCGUGGCGUCCACAACCUCUCUGCAGUGCGGGAGGCACGACACUCCGUCCAGUGACACUGGGUCUUCAACAAGCGAGAACCAGGUGAAAGUGACGGUGUCGGACGCGCUUUUGGAGAAAAAGCGCAUUUCAGCAGCCAGAGAGAGAAAAGCGACAAAGACUUUGGGGAUAAUCCUCGGCGCUUACAUCGUUUGCUGGCUGCCGUUUUUCAUUUACACAUUGGUGGUGGCCACAUGUGACACAUGUUUUAAUCCCGAGUUGUUCGACUUUUUCACCUGGUUGGGAUAUCUGAACUCCCUCAUCAACCCGAUCAUAUACACAAUGUCCAAUGAGGACUUCAAGAAAGCUUUCCAUAAACUUGUGCGCUUCAGAUGCUGCAGGUCAUGAACGAAUGUUACUUCAGUCUCCUUUUAGAUUAAUUUAUGUAUUUAUUUUUGGAUAUCAAAACCAAAAAAUGUACGAGAUUAUAGAAUAGUAAGAAUGCCAUAAACAAUACAAUUUUAGGGGGUCUGAUUAAGACAUUAUAAAUUGUGCAUGCAAAAGAAAAAACAUCUUAAGUCAUUCGGUCCAACCCGGGUAUAAUUCCAAUUUUUAUAAGCAAAUAAAGAAAAUCUGGAGCAAAACCGUUUCACAUAAUUUAAAGCACUGCCAGGCAAAGUUCUUUAAAAGCUUGUUUUCAUUAAAAAAACUAAAAUUUAAUAUAGAAAACAAAGCUAAUGGUGAAGAAAACUAACUUUACGCACCAGAGAAAGUCACUUAAACUUGUCAUAUAAGCUCCUCUUGAUGGAGAAAUGUGUUGUUGGACAGAUUCAGUGAUGGACUGUUAGUAUUCUGUGUGGAUUCCUUUUUGGGUGGUACAGUAGCGUUGUUCUCAUGCGACGACUGACCUAUUAAUGUGAAUGAGCAGCAGAGAUCAGAAAAAUCUGACAUGUCAAAAAUAUAAAAAUGUGGCUAUCCAGGAUCCUUUUUGCAUUAUGUGUACAAAUACAGCAGUUUUAUUUUUAAAACUGAGAGAUCGUCAAAUGGCUAUGUAUCCUGAGAAAUGAUAACAGUGGGGUGUAUUAUUUAUUAUGGUCACGGACUGCUUGCUGCUACCCUCUAUGGUUAUCUUUUUUAUUUAGAAAGGUACACUCAUGAAAAAAAAGAAAAGAUUCAUAUCAGUGUCAAACAAAGAAACUGUAGCUGAUAUUUACCCAGCAGAGCUGAAAGCUGAUCAUAAGUUCAAUCUUGCAGAACAAACACCACCCUGUUUUACUGUGUGUGUGUGUGUGUGUGUGUGGGUCUGUUUGCUGCUACAUUAAAUCUGUAUCUACAGUAUGUUAUGUUCAUCUGUGAAAUGGUUUACCAUCUUAUGGCUAUAGAGACUGAUUUGAAUAAUAGAGUCUGGCCUGCCAAGCUAUAAAAAUAAUGCUGAGGAUUUGUCAGCAUUAUGUGAAAUAAAGGUAUGUUGUUAUAGGAAUUUAUCUGUUCACAUUCAGAGAAGCUGUGCAAUAAAGGCUUUAAAGUA